AUGGCAACCCCUACACAACCUCCUCCUAGCACACAGUACAAGCUCGACACCCUCAAAAUGCAAACCCUGUGGAUAAUUGGAACCACGCUACAAAACAAGCUCAGCGCUCAACUCGCCGUAAGUCCUCCUCUGAACUUGGAUGUGGGUUAUGGGCCGGAUGGCGAUCUUGUACCUCGACUUCGAUCCCCUCCUCAAAUACCUCUCCCCCCCAUCAAACUCCCCAAAAACCCGCUAACGAGGCCUAUAUGCGCUUUAUGGGCUCCUGAAACCGAACGCUGCUUCUGUGCAACAGACGAGUUCGGUGGGUGGAUGGAGCGCGUUGAGGACGAAAUCCGCGUCCGCAGAAAAACAACGUUCCUCCUCAAUACAGUCCUCCCAGUCUCUUCCUCUCAAGUUAACCUCCAACCAAUCAUAAGCCUCCCCACAUCAGAAACCGCACCACCCCAAAUCCACACAAAUUCCCAUGCUUCGAUGCUUUCUAAUCCGUCGUCCAUCUCUAUGUCUGCUCUCACGCUCGCUGCGAUUCAGGAGGAAGGAGAGGAGGAGUCCUUGUUCUUACUCGAUGCGUUGAUAACAGCCUUGAUCGAACCUGUGCCAUUCGGUGUUGAUGGGGAGAUGGACAAGGAUGAUGAACUUCCAGAGAAUAUUGUUAGGAUUUUGUACACGUUCGCAACAAGCUGCAAUGGCGUUUUUUCAGCUGUCCAGAAACGAAGUCUUUUGGGUUCUUGGGAGGGAUUGGAGCGACACAAGGAGAGGGAAAUUUGAAUUUUGGAUUGGCGA